AUGAUUGUACCCACUCUGCUGGUGAUAGCGACGAUGCUGGCAAAUUACCAAGCCACGAAUGAAACACGACGCAUAUUUAGGGGCGUCGAGGAUUUCGAAGGAAAAUACCCUUACGUAGUAGCUUUGUACAACGACUACCGACGCUGCACUGGUACACUCAUUGAUCCCAACUGGGUGCUGACCGCCGCACACUGCCUUACUGUCUCCAAGUACGUACAGUUCGGUAACAUGAAGACACCGUUCAACGAAACGCAGUCCAAAAGAAGAAUCCUGCACAUGGAACAACCAACAACGGCUUACGCGAUGAUCCCCGACCUCGGCCUGGUUUAUAUCGAUGUGAUUACCAUGGCGGAGUACGGUCAUGUAUCAGCAGUUGACUACGAGGCGAUACAAGGACACGCCGUUGAGUACGCUGGCUAUGGAUUUACUCAGAAGGAUUUAACAAAUGACAUUGCAAAGGUGUUUCAAGAUGAUCAGAUACGACCGUUGCAGAUCGGCUCCGGUAUUGUAAGCAAGUGUGAAAAUAUUGGAGUAUCUGCACCACAUAUAUGCUUAGCUCCAAAGUGUUCGAAUAAAUUGCAACAAACGUUGCCCGGCGACACCGGCGGCCCGCUUUUUUUCAAUGGCAAGGUAGCAGCCCUGCACGUCGGAACUCAAACUCUCAAUUCCAUCCGGUAUUACACGCCACUGAGUCCUUAUCUGACUUGGAUACAAAAAGUGAUAGGCGACCAGCACUCGCACAGGAAGUAUUCGGAGGUCUUUAAUACAAGCAGUGCAAUACAAGACAAGCGAGACAAUUUUACACUGAAGUCCCUUAAGUUUCACAACAUUUCUCAAUACCUUAUCGGUCUCAGAAAUAGAGUGAAACAUUAUCGGAAACUGCUGUCAAAAUUGGUCAAAGGAUUUGAAUUAUAA